CCACACGGCGUCGUUUGAGCUCUCUCCAGACCUACUUUUUUUUUUUUUUCUUUUUUUUAAUACGAGUUCCCAUUCUCGAGCGAUUCUGCAAAAACAACAGAAGCAGGAUCUUGUUUCAAUCUCAAGCACGAUUUCACGAUGAAGAAAUCGCCAUUGCUGCCGCUUCAAGACGUAUGCGGAGGCACUGAGAGGAAGCAGAAGACAAUUGGGAAGGAGGCGCUGGUGAAGCUUUUGAGAUGGCAUUUCGGUCACGCCGAAUUCAGGGGGAAGCAACUGGACGCCAUUCAAGCUGUUUUAUCUGGGAGGGAUUGUUUCUGUUUGAUGCCGACUGGAGGAGGGAAGUCAAUGUGUUAUCAGAUACCUGCUCUGGCUAAACCUGGAAUUGUUCUUGUUGUUUCUCCUUUAAUAGCUCUAAUGGAAAACCAGGUGAUGGCACUGAAGGAGAAGGGGAUUGCUGCAGAAUAUCUCUCUUCAACACAGACAUCGUAUGUCAAAGACAAAAUUCAUGAAGACCUUGACUCCGGAAAGCCAUCCGUAAGGUUGCUUUAUGUAACACCAGAACUUAUUGCAACGCUGGGAUUUAUGUCAAAGUUGAUGAAGAUUCAUGCCAGAGGGCAUCUUAAUCUCAUUGCCGUAGAUGAGGCACAUUGCAUCUCUACAUGGGGCCACGAUUUCAGGCCUAGCUAUAGCAAGCUUUCAUCAUUGAGGACCCGUCUCUCAGAUGUUCCAAUAUUAGCUUUGACAGCUACAGCUGUUCCUAAAGUUCAGAAGGAUGUCAUUGAAUCCUUAAGCUUGCAAAAUCCUUUGGUCCUGAAAUCUUCUUUUAACCGUUCAAAUAUAUUUUAUGAAGUUCGGUACAAAGAUCUUCUGGAUGAUGUCUAUUCUGAUUUGUCUAAUGUGCUAAAAUCUAGAGGAGAUGUCUGUGGAAUUGUUUAUUGCCUUGAGCGUACAGCUUGUGAUGACUUGUCUGUUCAUCUCUGCAAGAAUGGCAUCUCUUGUGCUGCUUAUCAUGCAGGGUUAAAUAAUAAACUGAGGAGCUCUGUGUUAGAUGAUUGGAUGUCUUCCAAGAUACAAGUUGUUGUAGCGACUGUAGCUUUUGGGAUGGGUAUAGACAGAAAGGAUGUCAGAAUUGUUUGUCACUUUAAUAUUCCGAAGUCAAUGGAAGCUUUCUACCAAGAGUCAGGUAGAGCUGGUCGUGAUCAGUUGCCCUCUAGAAGUCUGUUGUACUAUGGAGUUGAUGAUCGCAAAAGAAUGGAAUUUAUUCUGAGAAACUCUGGAAGCAAGAAGUCACAGUCCUCAAUUUCACAGGAAGGACUUCAGAAGAAGUCCCUAUCGGAUUUCAAUCAGAUGGUUGAGUAUUCUGAAGGUUCUGGAUGCCGUAGGAAAAAAAUCCUCGAGAGUUUCGGGGAAGAGGUACCUGCAUCACUAUGUAAAAGUUCUUGUGAUGCCUGCAAACAUCCAAACCUAGUUGCCAAGUAUCUAGAGGAGCUUACAACUACUUGUGCUCUUCGCCAAACAAAUGGUUUUACUCGAGUUUUUAUGAGCAGCCCAUCCAUUACUGAUGAAGGACAAUACUCUGAAUUCUGGAAUCGUGAUGAUGAAGCCAGUGGUUCUGAGGAAGAUAUUUCUGACUCUGAUGAUGGUAUCGAGGUCACCAGGACACCGGAGUGGUCUAAACUAUCAAAGAAAUCAGGACUGAAUCAGAAGAUCGAGUUCUUGCAGCGUGCUGAAGAAAAUUAUUUUAGGAAUGAAAACCCUGUUAGACAGGUCAAUAAAAGCACCAAGAAUGCCAUAUCUGAAACCAUGAGAGAAGCAAGCAAGCAGCGGCUACUGAAUGCUUUGAAGCAGGCCCAGCAACGCCUUGAUAACUUCAAGAUAGGAUUUGAGACAUCAUCCAGUUUCCUAGAAAAUGAGUGCUACAAGAAAUAUGGGAAGAGUGGUAAGUCAUUCUAUUAUUCGCAAGUGGCGAGUACAGUAAGAUGGCUAUCUACUGCAAAUUCCGAUGAGUUAAAAAACCGGCUCCGCGGUAGUCAUACUUCACCUUCGGAGAACACAAGUUCGAAACAAGAAUCUCCUGCAGUGAUAUCACCUUUGACUGAGGAGGAAAAACAAGUAGCUAAUGAUCAUCAUCGUGAUACCAUUAGACAUGAAAUUUCCAUUGAUGCAUCUCCAGUGAGAGUUACUUCACCUGAGACAAGGCUGCCACCAAUUUUGUCUUUCUCAGAGUUUGUUAACGGUAGGAAGCCAAAGGAUGACCAACCAAAUGCACCACAAAAGGAGUCAGGAAAGGGACUCGAGAAGCCUAAUGAAAAGAGGAUGAGGCUGCAUUAGGUGUUGAACUCUGCAUGAGAGGCAAUUUUUCAGAACGUUGUUGUAGAUCAAUAGUUGCAUAGUUUUCCUUGUUUCUUAUUACAUAUUGCGAAGUAAAUCUAUGGUUUAUGGGGACCCAUUUCUCCUCGAGAACAAGAAAUAUGAUCUAAUACAUGUUGAAGCUUGCCCUUCAUUGACAA